ACGGACGCCACCGCUAUUAUUUUUAUUUUGUUCCGUUUUUUUCAGUGAAAUUACCCAAAAUAUCAACCAAAUAAUGCCAGCAGAAGUCGUAAAUCUGGCAAACGUAUACGCGUUUCUCCGUGACGCGUACAAUUCGAUCGAUUUCCAGCUGGCACCGGCUCCGACCUAUAUCCAGUCGGUGGCUGACGUUGAGGGCAAAAUCGUAUUCAUUUACAAACAGGAUGAACUGCGGAGCAGGGCGCUGCUCACGGAUGGGAACAACUUCAGUCCGAAGAUGGGCGACGAUUCCCAGCCGAAUUUGGAUCUGACCGGUUCGCCGCUGAAGGACGAGGUAAAGCUGGAAAACUUGGACAUGUCGGCUGAGCCGGGUGUGGUACUGAGUUUGAAAAAUCCUUGGCUCGAGAAGGAGGAAUGUUUCGGACCGGUGUCGGUGGAGAAAGGCCGGUCUAUUCUUCAGGAGGUACUGGGUAGUGGAAUGGGUGGCAGUGGCCAUUUGUGGGCACUUUGUGAUGGGAAGGAUAUGGACCGGACGUUGCUGCUGCAGGUCGAGUUGAAUGGUGAGAGGCGGUUUAUGAGGGGAGCGGUAAAAUUGUUGGGAUACUUUCCGGAGAGUCAUCUUACCAUGGGUCGGUUGCAGAGAGUGCACGAAGUGAGGGCCCCAGGGUUCACGAAGGAACUGGAGACGAGCAUAGAGUUGUGGUACAAGAUCCAAUCUCACAUCAGCAUCAAGUUGCGAUGGAUCAGCCACUCGGAGAAUCCUUCGUUUUGCAUCAACAAAAAGGCGGACAUCAUUCUACGGCAGGCGAUUCAAGUUGACGAAAUUCAAUCCGUGGCGGAGUAUUUUUGGAGUCAGUUGCACCUGCUGGAGACGAUCCGGGAUCGGAUUUUGCAGAUUCGAAGCGAAGGGAGGCCCAAUCCGGACGACGGGUGCUACGUCGGAUCGCUGGAUGUCGGUUUGAUCAAGGAAAAGGCGCACAAGAUUCUGACGGAGUUUUGCAUGGUCGAAUCGACCGAGUACAAUCUGGGUCAGAUUGCUUCGAUCGUCGAGCGGGUUAAGAAUCGGACGGCCGUGGAUGUGACGGAUAGGCUGUGGAGUGUGCUGAAAUAUUGCUCGUGUUACGACGAUUUGAAGGAUGUGCUCACAUUCAUCUUCAAGGCAGCAUCCAGAAGUAACUUGGCAAACAUCCCCAGCAACAACAACCGUCUGGCGCAGCUGAUCAAAUCGAUUGCCCAGGGUCGAUUGGCAAUUCCGAUCCUAACCGGAGCGGAACCAUUCGAACUACUCCUGGAGAUUGGGUUUGAAAAGAUCUUCAAAGACUAUCAGAUCAUCUUCCACGAGAGCAAAAUCUGCAACUUGGAUUUGGGUAAAGUCGGUCGCAGUGCGAAAGGAUCCGAUGCUAGAAACAACUCGCGGGCUUCCAGCAUUCGCAAAUCGAUGUAUGAAGCCGUUCCGUCGUCGACUGGUAGUUCCGCCCAAAGCCGGAAGACGGCUAUACUUUCCGGCACCGGAGACGGCAGUGGGGAUCACGACGAUGAUGGUGCCAUCCGGAACAGUUACUUCAACGCGGAUGAAGCCAAUUUGAAGAUCGGCAAACUGGCCCAGGUUCAUCUGCUGUUGGAGCACCUGCUGUCGAUCGAGGCGCAUCUCAAACUGACCAGCAUCUACCCACAGGUGGCGGAAGAGUACUUUGCCCGCCCGACGGUAAGUUUCGAGGAAUUCCGAUCGAAGAAAACGGACCAGCUGGAGAUUCCGAUUCUGAACAAUAAGAUCAUCGAGCUGGUGGAGAAUGGCAGUCCGUACAUCAGGCGGAUCGGAAUGACCAGUCGGACUAAGUUCAGGACGGUGCAAAGCAUUUUCUACCAGAGCUCGGAUCCGAUUUUGCCCACCAAUCUGUUUCCGCAGCUGAAGGCCGAAGGUGGCGAGGUGAAGAAUGCGUAUUGGUGUUUGGAGUAUACUAAGAUUCUCAAUAAUUGAGCGCGGUUCGAAUCUUCUAAUGUACGGUUCAUAAACU